AUGAUAAUCAAGUCAAAAUCUUCUUAUGGGCCGGAAGAGAAAACUCAUAACAACCUGGAUAACAUUGCAUGGGACAUACUAUACAAGACUCUUGAUGAAACCUUGUUUCCAAGGGUUAGGAAGUGCAAGAUCGCCAAAGACAUCUGGGAAACCCUCAUGAUCAUAGGACAAGGGGACGAGAAAGAAAAGGAGAAUAAGCUGACCAUAGCUAUGAAGAAGUUCGAGGACUUCAAAAUGGGAGCAACCAAAUCCAUCGCGGAGAAGGAAACCCGGUUUUUGAAGCUACUGAGCGAGGUGGAAGAUCUCGAAAAAGAACACACUCAAAAGGAGAUCAACCUUAAAAUUCUCUGA